CGUCAUUUCUCCACACCGUGUUUCCAAUGAGCGUGGCACUGCUGGUAUCCGGAUUCAUCCCCCAGCGCCUGCCUGCGCCGCUGCACGCCAGACAUAUGGGAUCAAUCAGGGCUCUCGGUGCCGCUGCGUUUGCUUUGGGAAUGCGGACAGGCUGAGCGCGCUGGGGGCUCUGGUGCCCUGGAAUCCAGUCAGCAGCAACUGGAGCCCAGGGGAGGGGAGAGCCGGGAGAAGAGCCGCUGAUCUCGCCUGCCCCCUUCCCUUCCACCCCGCAGUAGGCGGCGAGAGGCAGCGAGCGAGCACCGACGGCGACCCGUCCCUUUGCAGCCGCGAGUGCCAGAGACCGGGGCUGCCGCGCGUCCUGCUGUGAAUGGGGCAGAGCGCCGGGAGCUGAUCCCCGGCCAGGGCGCGGCGCCCGGAGCCGAGCGCGGAGUCCCCGCCGGCUGCGCUCUGCCCGGGGCGGGGGCCCGGACCAUGUGGCCCCUGCUGGCUCUCUGCUGCUGGGGGGGCCUGGCGCUGGGCUGGGCGGGCGCUCCGCAGCCCCCGCUCAACUUCACCGCCCUCGCCCUGGCCGCCUCGCGGGUGGCCCUGCAGCCGCCGCCGCCGCCGGACACCACGGCCGCCAAGGUGGAGAGGCUGGGCCGCUCCUUCAAGCGCCAGGUGCGGCGGCUGCGGGAGCGCAGCGGGAGGCUGGAGCUGGUCUUCCUGGUGGACGAGUCCUCGAGCGUGGGGCCCGCCAACUUCCUCAGCGAGCUGCGCUUCGUCAAGAAGCUGCUCUCCGACUUCCCCGUGGUGCCGGCCGCCACGCGCGUGGCCAUCGUCACCUUCUCCUCCAAGAGCAACGUGGUGCCGCGCGUGGACUACAUCUCCCAGCGCCGGGCGCGCCAGCACAAGUGCGCGCUGCUCAGCCGCGAGAUCCCGGCCAUCGCCUACCGCGGCGGCGGCACCUACACCAAGGGCGCCUUCCAGCAGGCGGCGCAAAUACUGCAACACUCCCGUGAAAAUGCUACAAAGGUUAUAUUUCUCAUUACUGAUGGAUAUUCCAAUGGAGGUGAUCCUAGACCCAUCGCAGCAUCCCUGCGUGUAGAAUUUGGAGUAGAGAUCUUCACAUUUGGAAUAUGGCAGGGCAACAUCCGAGAACUGAAUGACAUGGCUUCCCAUCCAAAGGAGGAACACUGUUACCUGCUUCACAGCUUUGCAGAGUUUGAGGCUUUAGCUCGCAGAGCUCUUCAUGAAGAUCUGCCCUCUGGCAGUUACAUUCAAGAAGAUAUAUCCCACUGUUCAUAUCUCUGUGAGGCAAAUGAGAACUGCUGUGACAUCAUGGCAAGCUGCAAAUGUGGCACUCACACAGGGCAGUUUGAAUGUAUCUGUGAAAAAGGGUACUACGGUAAAGGACUACAGCAUGAAUGCACAGCUUGCCCAUCAGGAACAUAUAAACCUGAAGGUUCACCUGGUGGAAUCAGCACUUGCAUCUCUUGUCCUGAUGACAACCACACCUCUCCCCCUGGAAGUACCUCCAUCAAGGACUGUGUUUGCAAGGAUGGGUAUCGUACUGCAGGACAUGCCUGUGAACUUGUCCACUGCCCUGAGCUGCAGCCCCCGGAAAAUGGUUACUUUAUCCAGAACGUCUGCAACAACUACUUCAACGCUGCCUGCGGAAUCCGAUGUAAAGCAGGAUUUGACCUAGUGGGAAGCAGCAUCCGGCUGUGUCAGCCAAAUGGCCUCUGGUCUGGUUCAGAGACCACGUGCAGAGUUCGAACGUGUCCAAAACUUCACACACCUGAAAAUGGACGAAUUAAUUGUUCGUCAGGUGAUACCUCAUACAAGACAGUGUGUUUUGUGACCUGUGAUGAGGGCUAUGAACUGGAAGGAAACUCCCAACUCACCUGUCAAGGAAACUCUCAGUGGGAUGGAAAGGAGCCACUGUGUGUGGAGGUGCAUUGCCCCAUCUUCCAGAAACCUGAGAGUGUGACAGUACAUCCAUCAAGUUGUGGACAAGAACCAUCAAAAUCUGGAACAGUGUGCCAGUUGAGCUGCCCCCGGGGAUUCACCUUGUCUGGGGUUAGAGAAGAACUGAGAUGCACUCCUUCUGGGAGAUGGAGUGAAAAUGUCCAAAAGGCUCUAUGUAAAGAUUUUGAAGCUCCUCAAAUCAGCUGUCCAGACAAUAUUGAGGCCAGGACUCUGGAACAUCAUAACUCUGCUAAUAUUAGCUGGCAGGUUCCAAUAGCAAAAGAUAACUCUGGAGAUGAGGUCUCAAUUCACGUUACUCCAGCUUUUGUACCACCUUCUCUUUUCCCCAUUGGAGAAGUUGUGAUCACUUACCUAGCAGUGGACAAGUCCGACAAUCAGGCAAGCUGCACAUUCAGUGUCAAGGUUAUUGAUGUAGAAUCCCCUGUAAUCGAUAGAUGCAGAUCUCCACCUCCAAUUCAGGUCCUGGAGAACGAGUACAGAGCAACAUGGGAGGAACCUCAGUUCUCGGACAACUCAGGAGCGGCCCUGACUAUCACUAAAAGUCAUUCACCUGGAGAUCUCUUCCUCAAAGGAGAGACAACAGUUCAAUACACUGCCACAGACCCCUCAGGAAAUAACAGGACAUGUGAGAUCCACAUUGUCAUCAAAGGUUCUCCCUGUGAAAUUUCCUUUACCCCAAUGCACGGGGAUUUUAUAUGCAUAGAAGACGAAGCAGGUGUUAACUGCACAUUACGCUGCCUGGAUGGUUAUAACUUUACAGCAGCGUCAACUGAAAACUACUAUUGUGCCUAUGAGGAUGGUAUCUGGAAACCACCAUAUUCUACUGAAUGGCCUGACUGCUCUUUAAAUCGUUUUGCAAAUCAUGGGUUCAAGUCUUUUGAGAUGCUCUACAGAGCAACGCGAUGUGAUGACAGCAACCUUCUAAAAAGCUUUGCUGAGGCUUUUCAGAGUGCGCUUGGUAAAAUGGUCCCAUCGUUCUGUAAUGAUGUCGAUGACAUUGACUGCAGAUUGGAGGAUUUGCCACAGAAACAUUGCCUAGAAUAUAAUUAUGACUAUGAAAAUGGAUUUGCAAUUGGACCCGGUGGCUGGGGCGCAGCAAACCGUCUGGAUUAUUCCUACGAUGACUUCCUUGACAUCGUGCAGGAGGGACAGCUACAAACGCCUCUCUCUGGCGCUGUGAAAACAGCGCCCUCCCGGGUCAAGAGACACAAAAAACUCAACAUUCCAAUGACAGAUCACAAAAUUAAGUUAAUAUUUAAUAUCACUGCUAGUGUGCCGUUGCCCAAUGAAAGGAAUGAUAGUGUGGAAUCAGAAAACCAGCAGCGGCUUCUUAAAACUCUAGAGACGAUCACAAACAGGCUGAAAAGGACACUCAAAAAGGAACCCAUGUAUUCUUUUCAGUUUGCCUCAGAACUGGUUGUAGCUGACAGCAACUCACUGGAAACUGAGAAAGCCUUUCUGUUCUGCAGACCAGGUUCAGUUCUGAGAGGGCGAAUGUGCGUUAACUGCCCUUUGGGUACUUAUUAUUCUCUGGAGCACCGCACUUGUGAAAGCUGCUGGACUGGAUCCUAUCAAGAUGAGGAAGGGCAGCUGGAAUGCAAAAGUUGCCCAUCCGGUAGCUAUACCGAAUACCUCCACUCCAGGAGUAUCUCUGAAUGUAAAGCUCAGUGCAAGCAGGGAACGUACUCACCUAAUGGUCUUGAAACCUGUGAGUCAUGUCCUCUUGGCACAUAUCAACCUGUAUUUGGAUCUAAGAACUGCAUCGCCUGUCCAGAAAACAUGUCAACAGUGAAAAGAGGAGCUGUCGAUAUCUCAGCAUGUGGAGUACCUUGUCCAGCAGGGGAAUUCUCUCGCUCUGGUUUAAUGCCUUGCUACCCCUGCCCCCGGGACUACUAUCAACCAGACCCAGGAAAGUCCUAUUGCUUAUCUUGUCCCUUUUAUGGGACAACUACGAUCAUUGGUGCCAGAUCCAUCACAGACUGUUCAAGUUUUGGCUCUACUUUCACAGCGGCCGAGGAGAGUGUAAUGGUACCAGUCUCUCCAGAAAAUAUCAGCAAGCAGUACAAAGUCAGCAGUCAGGUUUUUCAUGAGUGUUUCCUGGAACCAUGCCAUAAUAAUGGCACAUGCAAACAACUUGGAAGUGGGUACAUUUGCAUGUGCCCACCUGGAUACACAGGUAAAUGUGAAAAGGAGAUUGAUGAGUGCAAGUCAACCCCUUGCCUCAAUAAUGGAGUUUGCAAAGAUGGCAUUGGGGUGUUCAUUUGCCAGUGCCAACCAGGCUAUACAGGUUUACUGUGUGAGGAGGAUAUAAAUGAAUGCAGGUCCAACCCGUGUGUGAACGGAGCACUUUGUGUUGAUGACAUCAAUGCUUAUCACUGCACAUGUGCAGAAGGAUUCACAGGCACUCACUGUGAAACGGAGGUGAAUGAAUGCCUUUCAAACCCAUGUCAAAACAAGGGCAUUUGUGAGGAUCGGAUCAGGAGUUUCCACUGCAAGUGCCUUCCUGGGUUUACUGGCGUCUUGUGUGAAAAAAACAUUGAUGAGUGUCUCAGCAGACCCUGUAAGAAUGGAGCCACAUGCAAAGAUGGUAUCAACAACUUCAGGUGUCAAUGUGUGACGGGGUACACAGGCCUGCACUGUGAAGUGAACAUCAAUGAGUGUGGAUCCAAUCCCUGUUUAAACCAAGCUACCUGUGUGGAUGCCUUGAACUCGUACAUUUGUAAAUGUCCCCCUGGCUUUACAGGCAGCAGGUGUGAAACAGAACAGUCCUCCGGUUUUAACCUGGAUUUUGAAGUGUCUGGUAUCUAUAGCUAUGUCAUGCUUGACAAUAUUCUCCCAUCACUUGGUGAUAUCACCUGUGCAUUCUGGAUGAGAUCAACUGACACUACUAAUUAUGGGACUCCAAUUUCUUAUGCAGUGGAGAAUGGAAGUGACAAUGCAUUUCUGCUAACAGAUUACAAUGGCUGGGUUCUUUAUGUGAAUGGGAAAGAGAGGAUCACAGAUUGUCCCUCUGUGAAUGACGGCAACUGGCAUCACAUUGCAGUCACCUGGACGUGCAUGAAUGGAGCCUGGAAUGUGUAUAUUGACGGGAAGUUGUCUGAUGGAGGCAGAGGUCUAUCUGUAGGAUCAAAAAUCCCUGGUGGUGGUGCACUAAUACUUGGACAAGAGCAAGACCAGAGAGGAGAAGGAUUCAAUCCAGCAGAAUCUUUUGUGGGCUCUCUUAGCCAGCUCAACAUCUGGGACCAUGUCCUAUCCCCACAGGAGGUAAAAUCCCUGGCUACUUCCUGUCCUGAAGAACUGCAAAAAGGAAAUGUAUUGGCCUGGCCGGAUUUCCUGCCAGGGGUUGUUGGAAGAGUGAAGAUAGAUUACAGGAGCAUGUUUUGUGCUGAUUGCCAAUCCUUAGAAGGAUCCAUACCUCAUCUGCAGGCCUCAUCGACCGAUUUAAAGCCAGGGUCAAAAGUGAGCCUUUCCUGUGAUCCAGGCUUCCAAAUAGUGGGGAACUCUGUCCAGCACUGUCUAAAUUUGGGACAAUGGACUCGACCUCUUCCCCGCUGUGAAAGAAUCAGCUGUGGAGUGCCUCCACCUUUAGAAAAUGGAUUUUAUUCUGCUGAGGACUUCUUUGCGGGUAGCACAGUUACCUACCGGUGCAAUAAUGGCUAUUAUUUGUUGGGGGAUUCAAGGAUGUUCUGCACUGACAAUGGAAGCUGGAAUGGCAUCUCGCCAUCUUGCCUUGAUGUCGAUGAGUGUGCUGUUGGAUCAGAUUGCGAUGAGCAUGCUUCUUGCCUAAAUACAAAUGGGUCCUACGUAUGUACUUGCAUCCCUCCUCAUACAGGCGAUGGCAAAAAAUGUGCAGAACCAGUAAAAUGCAAGAAUCCGGGAAAUCCAGAACAUGGUCAUUCUUAUGGUGACAAUUACACUGUUGGUAGUGAAGUUACUUUCUCCUGCGAAGAGGGUUUCCAGUUGAUAGGAGCAACUAGAGUCACAUGUUUGCAGUCUGGAGGAUGGAGCCACCUGAUACCAUAUUGUGAAGCUGUAUCCUGUGGUAGUCCAGUUAUUCCAGAAAAUGGUGCCAUUGAGGGCUCAAAUUUUACUUAUGGCAAGAAGUUGCUGUACAGAUGUAACAAAGGAUACAAUCUGAUGGGUGAAAAGGAAACAUCAUGCCUUGCUAGUGGUGCUUGGAAUCAUGCUCCUCCUGCCUGUGAAAUAGUAACAUGUCCGAGCCCACAGGACAUAAACAAUGGAAAAUACACACUGAGUGGCAUGACAUACCUUUCUACUGCAUCAUAUACAUGUAACAGUGGAUACAGCCUACAGGGUCCCCCAGUACUUGUGUGUGAAGCUUCAGCUAACUGGAACAGCAUACCACCAGUCUGCAAAAUUGUCUCUUGUGGAUCCCCUCCUGCCAUCAAAGAUGCUGUGAUCAGUGGGAAUAACUUUACUUUUGGCAACACAGUCACUUAUACGUGUAAGGAAGGCUACACAUUAAUUGGCCCUGACACCGUAGAAUGCUUAGCCAGUGGUGAGUGGAGCAUGAGUCACCAGCAGUGCCUGGCGGUUUCCUGUGAUGAACCUCCCCAUGUGGAACAUGCUUCCCCAGAGAGCGCCCAUCGGUUGUUUGGCGAUAUAGCUUAUUACUACUGCUCAGAUGGCUACAGCUUGGAGGACAAUUCCAAGCUGUUUUGCAAUGCUCAAGGGAAGUGGGUGCCUCCUGCUGGCAUGAAGAUGCCCCACUGCAUCGCUGAUUUUUGUGAGAGGCCGCCCACAGUGUCGUACGCCAUCCUGGAAUCAGUUAAUAAAGUAAAGUUUCCUGCUGGUUCAGCCGUGAGCUUCAAGUGUAUGGAAGGUUUUGUCCUAAACACGUCUGCUAAGAUUGAGUGCAACAGAGGUGGUCAGUGGACUCCUUCUCCUUUGACUAUCCAAUGCAUCCCGGUUCGCUGUGGGGAACCACCGAGUAUUAGAAAUGGCUAUGCGAGUGGAGCCAACUACAGUUUUGGAGCAGUGGUGGCUUACAGCUGCAACAAAGGGUUCUAUAUCAAAGGAGAAAAGAAAAGGACAUGUGAGGCCACAGGAGACUGGAGUGGUAACCUACCUACCUGCCAUCCGGUGUCUUGUGGAGAACCACCCAAGCUUGAAAACGGAGUCAUUGAGAGCACGACUGGCCGUUUCUUUGAGAAUGAAGUGUACUACCAAUGUAAUGCUGGCUACAAGCUAGUUGGAAGUUCAGUAUCAGUCUGCCAAGCAAAUCGUCAGUGGCAUAGUGAAUCGCCACCUUCUUGUGUUCCUCUCAGUUGUGGCAAACCACCUCCUAUCCAGCACGGAUAUGCAAAGGGAGAAAGCUUUGAUGUGGGAUCCAAGGUUGAGUUUUUCUGCAAUGAGGGCUAUGAGCUGAUGGGAGAUGCCUCUUGGACAUGCCAGAAGUCUGGGAAGUGGAGCAAAAAGCAAAGCCAAAAGUGUGUGCCAACAAAGUGCCCAGAACCACCACUGAUUGAAAAUCAGCUCGUCUUGAAAGAGAUGGUUCACCAAGUAGGUGUUGUACAGUUUUCCUGCAAAGAGGGUUAUGUCUUGCAUGGUUCCUCGGUGCUGAAAUGUUUGCCGUCACAACAGUGGAAUGAUUCCUUUCCAGUCUGCAAGGUUGUACUGUGCCAUGGGCCUCCAUACAUUCCCUUUGGUGACCCUGUGGCAUCAUCUCUUCAUUUUGGUAGCACCGUGACGUACACCUGCAUGGAUGGGUUUUUACUGAAGGGAGAAUCUACAAUUGGAUGCCAAGCGGAUGGCUCCUGGAGCUUUCCAUUGCCAGAAUGUAUUCCAGUAGAAUGCCCCCAGCCUGAAGAAAUUCAGAAUGGCAUUGUAGAUGUGCAGGGUCUUACUUACCUCAGCACAGCACUGUACACUUGUAAACCGGGCUUUGAAUUACUGGGGAACACAACUAUUCUCUGUGGAGAAGAUGGUCAUUGGCUCGGUGGAAAGCCAGCUUGCAAGCCUGUUGAAUGCCCAGAACCUAAGGAGAUUCAGAAUGGCAAAUAUUCAGACACACACUUUCAUUAUGGGCAGACUGUUACGUAUUCAUGUGACAGAGGAUUCCAGCUCAAAGGGCUGAAUGUACUGAGCUGCCUAGAGACAGGAGAGUGGGACGCAGAUGUUCCGUCUUGCAAAGCCAUAAACUGUGACCCCCCUCGGCCCAUCGAGAAUGGUUUUGUGGAAGGUGCAGAUUACAGCUAUGGGGCUAUGAUCAUCUAUAGCUGCUUUCCAGGUUUCCAGCUGGCUGGUCUUGCCAUGCAGACUUGUGAAGAGUUGGGAUGGUCUAGCUUUACUCCGGCAUGCCUACCAACAGACUGUGGCCUGCCUCCCCAUAUUGACUUUGGGGAAUAUGUGCAGGUUAGAAGUGAAGAAGGACAUUUUGCCCAAGAAAGAAUACAUCUUACUGAGAGCCCUCCUCUUUCUGACACGUUAGUUGUUAGUAGCUGGAAAGAUAUAAAAAGUCCUUUGAAGGAAACUAAUGCAGUACAGUUGACAAACUUUUUAUAUGGAACCAUAGUUAUGUACACGUGCUACGCUGGUUAUGAGCUAUUAGGAAACCCCAUACUAGCUUGCCAAGAGGAUGGGACGUGGAAUGGCAGUGCCCCUGUCUGCAUAUCAAUAGAGUGUGACUUACUCUCACCCCUAGAGAAUGGCUUUUUACAUUUUACCGAGAAUACACUUGGUAGCGUAGUGCAAUAUGCCUGUAAAACAGGGUAUAAGCUAAUUGGUUCUGACACAAGGCUGUGUUUGCCUAACCGACAGUGGAGUAAUGCUGCUCCAUAUUGCCAGGUGGUAUCCUGUACCACACCUAACAAACUCAUGAAUGGAAACAUAAAGGGAGAAAACUAUACUUACAGGAGUGUGGUCCAUUAUGAAUGUGAUCCUGGGUACCAGUUAAAUGGCUCAGAUAAGAGGACAUGCCAGGAUAACCAAAAAUGGGAUGGGAAUGAGCCUAUUUGCAUCCCCGUUUCUUGUGGCCAACCACCAGUUUUAGAAAAUGGCCACGUGAUUGGAGACGAAUACACAUUCCAGAAACACAUGGACUACAGCUGUAAUGAAGGUUUCCAGCUGCAUGGGGACAGGAGUAGAGUCUGCCUUGCAAAUGGAAGCUGGAGUGGAAUCACUCCAGUUUGUAAAUCCGUCAGGUGCGCAGUACCACUACCUCUUCCCAAUGGAGAAAUUAUUGGAUCCGAAUAUGGCGUUGGGAAGGAAGUUCAGUAUCGCUGCAGUGAGGGCUACAUAUUGCAUGGAGCAUCCAUACUUACCUGUCAAGCUGAUGGCACCUGGGAUACAGAGGCUCCGUACUGUGAGCCAGUCAAUUGCGGACCCCCAGAAGACAUCUCUCAUGGCUUCCUGAAUAGUUCAGGCUUCAGUUAUGGGGAAUACACACAGUAUGUGUGCUUUCCCGGUUAUGAGUUACGUGGAAAUCCACUGCGGCAGUGUUUGUCCAACGGCUCAUGGGGCGGGAGCCUCCCCUCUUGCCUCCCCUGUGAAUGCCCCACGCCACUGAUUCAGAACGGGGUUGUUAUCGGGCAAGAUUUCCGCUGCGGGAAAAGUGCACGAUUUCAGUGCCUGGAGGGCUUUAAACUGCUAGGGCCUUCUGAACUCUCCUGUGAGGCAGCCGGCAAAUGGAGUUCUGCUUUUCCACACUGCGGACGGAUUUCAUGUGGCUCCCCACCAACAAUCCCCAGUGCCUUUAUCAGUGGAAGCAGCUCUGUGGAUGAGAACACUGUAAUAUAUAACUGCAGAACUGGCUUUGUCAUACAAGGGAGGCCAGAGCUGACUUGUACAGAUACGGGCGUUUGGAGUGAGCCGUAUCCACGCUGCGAGCUGAUGUCCUGUGGACCCCCACCUUCCGUUCCUAAUGCAGUGGCUGUCGGCGAGGCCCACACCUAUGGAAGCAGAGUCCAGUACAGAUGUCUGGAGGGCUACGUGAUGGAAACAGAAAUGGAUACAUGCACUUGUCAGGAAGACGGACACUGGUCUCCUAAGAGCAUUUCCUGUUGCCUCAGAAAAUGUCCCGUGCCCACAAAUCUAACCAAUGUAAUUAUUUCUGGUGAUGAGUUUACUGUGAAUAAGAGCAUCACUUUAUCAUGCUCAGAAGGCUACACUUUGUCAGGAGCAAGCACAUCUACAUGCCAGCACAAUGGCAGCUGGGUGCCAUCAUUUUCUGAUGAUAUCUGUGUUCCUGUGUCUUGUGGGAAACCAGAAACCCCAGAACAUGGAACUGUGCUUGGUGCUAGUUACAGCUACAAGAAUGCGGUUCUUUAUCAAUGCAAUGCUGGCUAUGAAUUACAAGGUGAUGCAGAACAUAUCUGCCAAGGAAACAAACUAUGGAGUGGAGCAGCACCAGUGUGCAGAAGGAUCUCCUGUGGACCACCAGAAUCGAUAGAGAACGGAUCUGUUCAUGGGGAGGAGUUCCUAUUUGGGGAUGAAGUUCUCUACAGCUGUAAUCGAGGCUUUGAACUACAGGGACCCAGCCGAAGAAUCUGUCACGUUAACAGGCGGUGGAGUCCCUCAGCCCCUUCGUGCGUGCGGAUAACUUGUGAGCCACAUCCCUCUAUAGAAAAUGCAGUGUCCGUGGCCUCAGGAAGUGCUUACAGAAGUAACGUUACCUAUGUAUGCAAGUUUGGAUACCAUCUCAUUGGGCCCCAGAAUAUCACAUGUCUUGCCAAUGGGACCUGGAGUAAACCCCUCCCAUCAUGUGAAGAGACCAGAUGCGAAGCUCUGGUUUCCUUGGCGAAUGGGAAGGCACUGUAUGAAAAUAACACAGUUGGCAGCAGAGCAGCAUAUUACUGUGACAGAGGAUACAGCUUGGAAGGGGAACCCAUAGCAGAGUGCACGGGAACUGGAAGCUGGAGUCACCCAAUCCCGCUGUGCAAACCAAAUCCUUGUCCUGUGCCUUUCAUAAUCCCAGAGAAUGCUCGCCUGUCUGAGACAGAAUUUUAUGUCGGCCAGAAAGUAUCGAUCAAGUGCAGGGAGGGCUAUCAACUUAAAGGGCAAGCUGCAAUGACCUGUAACCCUGACGAGACUUGGACACCAGCGAGAGCUAAAUGUGAAAAGAUUUCUUGUGGGCCCCCUGCUCACAUCGAAAACGCCUUGGCCCGUGGUACCUUUUAUCAGUAUGGAGACAUGAUCACCUACUCGUGCUACAGCGGGUACAUGCUGGAGGGGUCCCUGAGAACUGUGUGUUUAGAAAAUGGAACCUGGACAAAACCGCCUGCCUGCAAAGCCAUUUGUCGAUUCCCGUGUCAGAACGGCGGAGUCUGUGAGCGACCAAACGCAUGCUCCUGUCCAGAAGGCUGGAUGGGCCGUCUCUGCGAAGAGCCAAUAUGCAUCCUGCCUUGUCUGAACGGAGGUCGCUGUGUGGCCCCCUACCAAUGUGAUUGCCCAGCUGGGUGGACUGGAUCGCGCUGUCAUACGGCUGUGUGCCAGUCUCCCUGCUUAAAUGGUGGGAAAUGUAUACGACCAAAUCGGUGCCAUUGCCCCUCAUCAUGGACUGGACAUGACUGCACGAGGAAAAGGAAGGCUGGAUUCUAUCCCUUUUAACAGCAGAGGAACUGUUUUAUACUAAGAAAAUAUUUCUUCAGCAUAGCCACUGGGGCUUGAAACCUAAUUCAUUGUAAAUCAAAUCCAGUGCUUUUUUCCCCCUUGAAAAUGUUUUUGCUUUGUGAUAUAUUUUUCCUAUACUUUUCCAUUUUUAAAGAAACCAUCUGUAUUUUUCAUAUACAAAAAUAUAACAAAUAUAUGCUGCUACGCACACACAAAUGUACAAAUUCUGCUGUCCAGCAAGGAAAUAGCUUGUGUACAUUUUGGUCCUUGCCAUUCCUUGAAUACAACUGGUUAAUUAAAAUACAUUUUACUGCCAACCAAGAGUAAACAGGAUGUUGCAAUUCUGGGUACUAGUUGCCAAAGCCUUACUGUAAUUCAGCAGUUAGACGAUAGACAGUAGUUACUGUUGGCUAAACUGAGCUGUGAAACAUUCCAUGAUACUUUGAACCUGAUCUCACUUACACCUAUGAGAAUUAGGUGUAGUUUGACUGAAGUCAAUCUCAAACCUCCUGGCACUCUGCUACAAUGGAGUUAUACCAGUGUCAGGCUGGUGAAAGAGGAGAAUCAAGCCCUAUAAUUUUUGCCAUAAGGAAUUAAUUUUCUUUGAAAAUGUUUUAAUGAGAGGGUGUUUGUGUUAAGUUUACCAUAGAUUUACUGGUGAAAUAGUCACAAGUUUAGACUAGGUGGGAGAAUGUUGUGUAGCUCAGAAUGAAAUAGCCAGACAACUCCGGUAGCCAUAUCCAUGGAAACAGGUGAAAUUGACAGGUGAUAUUUGUAGUGUGCAGAACCAUCAGUGAACCAAAAAAAUAGUCUCUCUCUCACACACACACACACACACACAUACACCUUGCCAACCAAGAACUACAAAGUGCACAAUCCACAUAGGAGUGAGCUAUUCCAAGUCAUACGUAAAGUCUGUCGCGCAGACACCCCUAUUGCUGAACAUAUUAGCAUCAUAAGAAACAUGCACCCGAGUGCCCUAAAAAUGCCCUUCACUAGGGAUCCAAAACUCUGAUACUCUCCUAUUGCUAAGUAAAAGCAGGGGGUGAAAGGAAUGUUUGGGGAGUGGAGUGUGUUUGGUAUUAGCAUUACAGAGUGAACGUCUGAUGUAUGAAAGGAGUUACUGUACAAGAAUUUGGCUUAGAAACCUUACCUGACACACCUUUCUACAAACACUCUGCUCACUAGGUUCAAAAUGCUCACAUAAUAAAGCAAAAUUAGUAUCAACAUUAGGAAAGAAGAGGAAGGAAAUAAUUUAUCUCAUGGAGCUUUAUUUACUCUUAAACCAUUCUGUGUGCACACUAUGGUUCUCCACCCUUCCCUUUUAUAGUUAGGUAUCCCUUAUGAACGCGUCCAGGGAAAUGUAGUCAAAAACAAAGAGGAGUUAAUUAUGUACGUGCAACUGCUGUGGGCACCAGUGAAAGGAAAACAUCUGAUUAUUGUGGUGCAGAGGCAGAGAAAAAUGACAAGUGGAUCCUGUAAUGGUAGCAACUGCCAAUUUAAAAAAAAAAAGUGGAUUGGAGAAAAAAAGGAGUGAAUUUUGUAAAAUGGAUUCUUCUUUUCC